GGCCCCUUUGCAAAGGCACCAGACAGGCACGGAGAGCGUGCCAUCCAGUACGUCCAUCCUGACGCCACGUCGAGACGCCACAUCGUGACGCCACGUCCCGCCAUGUCCGGCAGCGAUGCCACUGCAUCCCUGGCCGAUGGUGAUGUGAGACGGGAGGCCAGUGCCACUGUCCGGGCCAGCUUAGCACAGGUGAUCGAAGUAUCUUUUGCGAGAUGUAACCGGGUGGUGAUGUGCCUGGCGCUGCUGCUCGCAGUGGGCUUGAUGGUGGUGGUGGUUUGGGCCGAACUGGUCUAUUCUGCACACGAAGAGGAUUACUGUGAUGAGCCCUUGGCGGAAAUGCUGAGACUCAUCUUCUUGAUCAUCAUCAUACAAUCCCUGCAGAAGACCAUCAUGCGGCACUGCCUUUGCUAUGACAUGGCGCAGGAUGGUCCUGUGGAGCCUUGUCGGGUGAAGCUCUUUCGAUGUCUCUCCCUGCUGGCCGCCUUAGUGUGGCCUUUGGUCGCAGGCUGGAUGCUGAUGAACAGUCACGACUGCAGUCGACAGCUUCAGCUUGCGGUUGCAGUGAUCAUAGGCUACUACGUGACACUGGUGGCAGUGGUCAUCAUCCUACCAUUUCUGUUUAUUUCUGUGAUGCUUUGUCUCAUUCGCCGUGGCGUCUUAGCGCUGCCACGCAUGCCCGGGGCGGCUCCUGAGGGCAGCCUGGAUCAACUGCCGGUGAUCGCAUUUGAACCUGCCAGGUUCAACGACGAACCAUCAGGGCUUCCAAGCUGCUGCGCAGUUUGCUUGGACCCCUUCAACCAACAGAAGGAGAUAGUCCAGACUCCUUGCGGCCACGUCUUUCACAAGAGAUGCUUGGGGGGCUGGAUGCAGGUGGCCUGCACUUGCCCCUUGUGCAGAUCUGACGUCACAGGAAAUGCCUGAGUGUUUGGCACAGUUGAGGGCAUGUCACUUGGGCAGCCCUGUUUCACGUGUUUUGAGACGCGCGAGUCGAGCCUCGCAGAUCAAAACAAGGCGUUGUUGUGCGGUUUCCACGCGUUCGUUCGGCGGCCAAGCAACA